AUGGACACCGUAGAGGAGUUCACGCAGGGCGAAUCGGAAAAUGGGCAUCCAGCUUCAGCGGCAGCGGAAGGAGGUGACAGCGUGUCAGGGUCAGCCAGUGGAUGGAGGCAGUGGACAGCAGAAGAGUGGAGAGAGUGGGAUGAGCAGCGCUGGGGCGCGAGAGGCUCACACCACUCCGAUGCCUGGGGAGCUGCGGCCAUUGCCAACGGGACCCAGACUGGUUCCUUAGAUCCUUGGACCCACUGGAGAAGCCACAACGCCUCUUGGCAGUGGCAAUCUGCGGGCUGGGACAAGCAGACCAAGGGGGACUUUAGCGAUCCACCUGCAUGGGGUGGUUGGAGCAACUACAGGCUUUGGAAGAGAGCCUUGGUCCGAUGGGACAGCAACACUGACGUGUUGCUGCGUCGACGCAGCGAGAAGAUCCUCAAGAGCUUCGAUUGGGAGCUGCAGUCCAAACUUGACCAUAUCUCUGACCAAGACUUGCAGUCAGAGACCUACUUGCAGAACAUCUUGGCCGUGUUGGAUGUUUUAGCCGGUGAGAAAGAAGAGUCGGAAAAGCGGCGAUGCGUGAGGGCUGCACUCUAUGAGGGGCCUCGCAGAAGCGAGGAAAGCUUGGCACAGUACUCUUUGCGCCGCGAGGCGCAGUUCUCAGCGGCUUCUAAGUUCAUUGAGUUGCCCAAUGACCUGAAGGCCUUUAUGUUGGAGGAGCAGGCUGGCUUGAGUAGGCAGAACCUGCAGAAUCUUCGCUCCUUGACCGGCGGCUCCAUCGAGUUCUCCAAGGUCAUUCGGGCUUUGCAAGUUUUGGAUGUGGACGAUGAGCCGAUUGUCCGUGCUAAGCAGCAGUCAACCUAUUUGGCUGAGCCCGGCGAUGUCAAGGUCUCUGCCGAAGACGACAUCUAUGAGACUGACGAUGAGCAGCCCCUGGACGAUGUCGAGAUCAAUGCCUUCCUCUGCUCCGUGAUGAAGGACGACCUUGAUGAGGAGCAGGCCAUGAACUACCUGGCUGACUGGUCUGAGAAGAGACGACGCACUUGGGCCGAGAACAAGAACCUCAAAAAUGCUCGCAAGAAGGAUCGGAGGCAUUUUGACGAUGUCUCGUCUAGACCUUCGAAGCCGGCCAAUCUCAAAGGCCGCAUGCCAAUUGCCCAGCUCAAGGCGAUCACCCGCUGCAGCAACUGCGGCGUGAAGGGCCACUGGCGUGAAGAUUGCACAGCGCCCUACAAGCCCAAAAGCGAGAGGCUCCAAGGUGGCAGGUCUACCUCUUCGACUCCGUCAGCAUUCGUCUUUCUUGGCUUGGGAGAAAAGAAGACAAGCAAUUUUCCUGGUUGGAGCUCCUAUUUCAAUUUUUUGGAGAUCCCUCCCGGGUGUGCCAUAGUGGAUCCUGCAGCCAGCCAGGACCUCAUUGGCCUGAAGGCUUACGAGAAGCUAUGCGUCGAACUUGAGAAGAAGGGCUUGAAAACAGUCCGACUUGAAGAAGACCCCGGACCAGCUUCGGGCAUUGGUGGCUCAGCCAAGACCCUCUUCAAGGCACUGGCCCCCUGCUUCUUGGCUGGUUGCCCCGGGGUCAUCAAGUUGACGGUGAUCGAGGAAGACGUCCCACACCUGUUGUCGAUUGGGCUGCUCGAACAUACGAAGGCGGUGAUCGACACCGGCCGGGAUGUCAUCCAAUUCCAGGCUCUCGGUCAUGAAGUUCCCAUGAAACGGCUUGAGUCGGGUCAUAGGAUUUUAGAUGUCACCUUAGGAGCAAAGCCUUUUUCAGUGCCUCCUCAAGUGAUGGCCGAGUAUCAGCUUACUCCUGAGGCGUUUCAGGUGUCUCACUCCGAUGGCGCAAGGGCAUACAUGGCUGCGGUCGAGACACCGAGUCGUUUGUUGAUUCAGGAUCUGAAUUUUGAAGUCCACAUGAGGCAAGGCAAGCAGGUCAACACGACAGGGGUUUUGUGCUUUAACUGGGUUACCAUGGGUCAUGUCACGUCGAACAGCUGUCAUGUCAUUUGCCAAGAUAUCAACAUCAAUAGAUUGCAAGGCACCGAGGUAGAGCAUGUUGAGUGCAGACAUUGUGAUGCCGUUGACACUUGGACCAUUCACGUUCACACCAAACAGCCAAUAGCCAGCAUGUCUCUCAGUGAAUCUUGCGACAUUUUGAGCAAAAUUGGAGUUCAGCACAGCUUGAAGAAAUUUCAAAGCCGUUUCCCCUACAGCCGCUUCAUGCUCAGGAGCCGCAGCGAAAAUCACCGGGAGACCAUGCAAGCUCACUGGUUCACUCUGGUGAGCAAACUUUUGAGGCUCACCAUGGGGCCUUUCAGCAUCAAGAUGGCUUCUUUGACCAUUCCACCGGAGUGUCAACACCCCGAGGAUCAGGUUGCCUCGGGCUCCAAUCAAUAUGGCCGUUGGAAAAAGUGCCUGCUGUGCAAGAAGCAACUUUUCUUUCACCAAUUCGGGCCGGACAACCCGAAACCGGUCUCCAGGAAAGUAUCCAAGGUGUCAGCAGCUGCUGCAACUACAAGCUCGGAGACGAUGGCCAAGAUCAAGAAGACGGCAGGGUAUGCUGCCAGGGCUUCGAAACCGGCGGAGUAUGUCACUCGCCAGGAGAUGCAGGAAUUGAUGAAGGCCCAGGCGGACCAGAUCUCCAACACCCUGACAGCCACAAUCUCUCAGCUGGUGCAGUCCCAGCAGAUGCUGCAACAGCAGAUGGCCAAUGUGAUGAUGGGGAACCAAGCAGCCAUCGCACCUGCCCAGGAGACACAGCAGAUGCCGGUGAUUCCCCAGAGUUUCAAUUUGUAUCAGAACGACGAGCCGGAGGCGAGCGAUAUGGAGAUGUUGAAUCCCAAUCAGUGGGAUCAAGUGCAGUCAUUUCAACUGUCUGCAGAUCAAGACGACAGAGAGUUUCAAGUACCGCGUAAGGCCAAGAGGAAUUUAUGCAUGCACCUUGAACAGUUUUUCCAGUCUUCCGAUGGUUUCACCCCUGUGUGUACUGAGAAACAGCUGAACAAUAGCGCGGAGGAGACGCCAGAACUCCAAAAGGCAUUUUGCCACAAUAACACGGUGGAGACGUUAGGACUCCAAGAGGCGGGAGAGCCCAACAAUAACGCGGCCAGGACGCAAGAACCUGAAGAGACCAACGGUCCAUCCAGGGUUGAGGGUUUUAGGACUAACUGGGAAAUCAUAAAACCUUUUAAGGAAGCUCUGAAGGGAAGUUGGAGUCUAGUCACUAGCAAUGGCCCCGGCACCGGCCUCCCUCGGCUCUCGACCGCGAGCGCUGCCAUGGGUGAGAAGUCACUUGGGAGAAGCUUCAAGAUAUGCGAGCUCUUCUCGGUGCCCAGGCUUUCCAAUUUGAAUGCACCGGGUGUCGAGUUCACCAACCAGUUUUGA